GUCCGCGGGGAUCAAGGAUCCACCACAGCUAAAAGGAUCCAGGCGAGAAUGUUUUCUCUGAAAGAGUUGAGAGAGAAGGCACACCCCAAUCUUGGGAUGCGGCAGGUGUGGCGACCUCAUUAUCCAUUUGAUGGCUGGGGCAAUGGGAGACCCCAUCAUGGGGCACCUAUGUAGGGUGCAGUCUCUUCAGUAGAAACUGUCUACCGCCCCAUUACUGUGAAGACAAAGGGGCCUCAUAGCUGCCAAGCAACAGAAUUAAGAUUUGAAGCUGGGUCCCUAUGGGGCCAAAUCCCAAGCUCUCUAUCCCAGGACUACCUCUUCCCUUCACUGAACACUUUGGAUGUGCCGUGUACUAUCAGUGAUUUCCAGCCUCAUUUGUUGUCUAACCACUAUAUAAUGUGUCCUCUUUACAGGUGAGGAGAUGGAGGGACAGAGAAGUGAGAAUGUACCCUAGAUCUCACAGCUGGCAAGUGGUGGCCCUGGACGCGCCAGGCUGGGGUCGCCUCUGAGCGCCCCGCGGGGGCCAUGGAUGGCGAGACAGCAGAGGAGCAGGGGGGCAAUAUGCCCCCGCAAGAUGCACCCUGCGGACCCGGCUCAGCCGGCGCUCCUGCCCUCGGGGGGCGGCGGGAGCCCAAGAAGUAUGCAGUGACCGAUGACUACCAGUUGUCCAAGCAGGUGCUGGGCCUGGGUGUGAACGGCAAGGUGCUGGAGUGCUUCCACAGGCGCACUGGGCAGAAAUGUGCCCUGAAGCUCCUGUAUGACAGCCCCAAGGCCCGGCAGGAGGUGGACCACCACUGGCAGACCUCAGGGGGCCCUCACAUUGUGCGCAUCCUGGACGUGUAUGAAAACAUGCACCACGGCAAGCGCUGUCUCCUCAUCGUCAUGGAGUGCAUGGAAGGUGGUGAGCUCUUCAGCCGGAUUCAGGAGCGUGGUGACCAGGCUUUCACCGAGAGAGAAGCUGCAGAGAUCAUGCGGGAUAUCGGCACUGCCAUCCAGUUCCUGCACAGCCAGAACAUCGCUCACCGAGAUGUCAAGCCUGAAAACCUGCUCUACACGUCCAAGGAGAAAGAUGCAGUACUCAAGCUCACCGACUUUGGCUUUGCCAAGGAGACCACCCAAAAUGCCCUGCAGACACCCUGCUACACUCCCUAUUACGUGGCUCCUGAGGUCUUGGGUCCAGAGAAGUACGACAAAUCAUGUGACAUGUGGUCCCUGGGCGUCAUCAUGUACAUCCUCCUGUGUGGCUUCCCGCCCUUCUACUCCAACACGGGCCAGGCCAUCUCCCCAGGGAUGAAGAGGCGGAUCCGCCUAGGCCAGUAUGGCUUCCCCAAUCCUGAGUGGUCAGAGGUUUCUGAAGAUGCCAAGCAGCUGAUCCGCCUCCUACUGAAGACAGACCCCACAGAGAGGCUGACCAUCACACAGUUCAUGAACCAUCCCUGGAUCAACCAAUCAAUGGUGGUGCCGCAGACCCCACUCCACACAGCCCGCGUGCUGCAGGAGGAUAGAGACCACUGGGAUGAGGUCAAGGAGGAGAUGACCAGUGCCCUGGCAACCAUGCGUGUGGACUACGACCAGGUGCAGAUCAAGGACCUGAAGACCUCUAACAACCGACUGCUCAAUAAGCGGAGAAAGAAGCAGGCAGGCGGCUCCUCAGGCUCACAGGGCUGCAACAACCAGUAGCGCACCGGGCCUUGGAUGAGGGCCUUGGAUGAGGGCCUUGGAUGGGCCCGGCCGCGCAGCCUGGGCACAGACAGGAGCGUGCUGACGCCC